GUGCCCCGGAAGCAGUUGCUGCAACUUCCGGGGGGGUUUGUACGCCUGGUACGGGAGCUACGGGGCUCAGAGACAGUGCUUGAAAUAGUGGGUGCGCCAACAUGUCCCGUGGUUCCAGCGCUGGGUUUGAUCGCCACAUUACCAUUUUUUCACCCGAGGGCCGGCUCUACCAAGUAGAAUAUGCUUUUAAGGCUAUUAACCAGGGUGGCCUUACAUCAGUAGCUGUCAGAGGGAAAGACUGUGCAGUAAUUGUCACACAGAAGAAAGUACCUGACAAAUUAUUGGAUUCUAGCACAGUGACUCACUUAUUCAAGAUAACUGAAAACAUUGGCUGUGUGAUGACAGGAAUGACAGCGGACAGCAGAUCCCAGGUACAGAGGGCACGCUAUGAGGCAGCUAAUUGGAAGUACAAGUAUGGCUAUGAGAUUCCUGUGGACAUGCUGUGCAAAAGAAUUGCUGAUAUUUCUCAGGUCUACACACAGAAUGCUGAAAUGAGGCCUCUUGGUUGUUGUAUGAUUUUAAUUGGUAUAGAUGAAGAACAAGGCCCUCAGGUGUACAAGUGUGAUCCUGCAGGUUACUACUGUGGGUUUAAAGCCACUGCAGCAGGAGUUAAACAAACUGAAUCAACCAGCUUCCUUGAAAAAAAAGUCAAGAAGAAAUUUGAUUGGACAUUUGAACAGACAGUGGAAACUGCAAUUACAUGCCUAUCUACUGUUCUAUCAAUUGAUUUUAAACCUUCAGAAAUAGAAGUUGGAGUAGUUACAGUUGAAAAUCCUAAAUUCAGGAUUCUUACAGAAGCAGAGAUUGAUGCUCACCUUGUUGCUCUAGCAGAGAGAGACUAAACAUUAUACGUAGUUAGUUUACCAAAUCCAUGACGCCACUUGCCUGUGUGUUUGGUAACAACAGACCAACAUUAUGGAGGCCCCUGGAUUGAAAAAGGAACCUCUCCCACUCCUCCUGCCACUGAAGUGGUUAGGACUCUGUAUAAAUAAAAAGAAAAAUAGUGCUUUUGGAAAAUAAUCGCAUCUUGUCUUAAUUUCACCUCAAGUUUUAAGUCGUAAGCCUCUGGUGCAUGCAGACUGUUAGUGCCCACCAUCCUCACAUUGUAGCUUUAUGCUUUUUGUUGACAGAGAUCCAAGUUUCUUUGGCUUUAGGAACUUAACAGGCAGAAGUUUAAACUAAAGCUCUAUGGCCUAAUGAAUAAAUGGCAAACUAAAAAC